AUGGGGAUGAGUGAAACUGAGAGUGGAGGAAUUUCCAAGGAAGAAACUGAAGCAGCAGAGCCAAGUGCUUCUGAAGUGAGCAAGGAAGGUGAGGAUGCCAUGUCAGCAGUGGAAAGCACUGGCCUUGAAGCUACUGAUCUGGAUGGAGAACUUAGUUCUGAAAAACCAGAGGAAUCCAUCCUGGGUAGUGACCCUGAGGCAGAAACAAAACCAGAAGAAGAUUAUACCUCAGACAGAGAACCUGGAUCAGAAGGACAAGUUAGUCAAGAGGACAGUGGAGUUACAGGUACAUCACCUGAAGCGACAAGCACAACCUCAGGAGAGGGAGCUGUGACAGACACGGAUGUCACUGAUUCCCAACAGGACACUUCAGCUGCAGAGGCUGUGAGAGAAACCUCUGCAAGCAAUGCCAGCCAGUCUGACCAACAGACAGUCUCAGAGACAAGACUGCAGGAUGAGAACCUUCUGCAUGACAUGGACUCAGAUCCCAGCGUGGCAAAAAGGUUUGCUGCAAGCUGCCUCACCCUGCCACAGUUUAUACAGCUCAUGGACAAUUUUGUUGGUGAAGACAUUUCUCUGCCUAUUGUGAAGAGGCUUACUGCAUUUAUCAAAGGAGAAUACAAACAGACAAAAGAGGAAAAAAUGAAACAACGAGAAAAAGUUCACCGCAUGUCUCACGUGGCCCAAAGGAAACAGCUUCUGGAGGCACUUUUUGAAAAGUGGGACAGCAAAGCAUGUGGGUCUCUGGACCUGGAAGAGGUGAUUGCUGCUCUGAGCAAAUUCAAGGGACACAUGGGAAAAGAGGCCUUGAUGAAGGCAAAGGAAGAGCUUUGCUCCCGAUACCCACAGCUCAGUAAAGCGGGGAAGCUAUCCCCAAAGGCAUUCCAGAUUUUCCUUGAUUUAAUUGCUUCCAAGUUCACUGGCAAUGAGGAUGAAACUAUGGAUAACUUGGUGAGUUUCCUGACCACAAGUGUGGAACAAAGUCACAUCAAGAGCUUGCAAAGCUCAGCCAGGAGGAAAUGGCUGCAGGAUAUCCAGAAAGCGGCUGAGACCUGUGGAACAAGCAUGGAACCAGUGUACAAAGCAGUGAUCAAGGCCCUGUCCCAGGACAUGGAAGCCCAUGGGGGUAACAAGACGGUCAGUGCAUAUAUUGCCCUUUUGGAAGAGAACCAGCUCUCCCCAGAGCAGGGACAGGUUCUCCUGCGCUACAUGGCCUGUACUGCUGACGAUGCUCCCUACAUCCUAAACAGAGUACUGCACAGAGAGAUGAAAGGAAUCAGCUUUGCAGCCAUUGAGCAGGGAAAGCCAAUCUAUGUUCCAAGAGUUCAGCACCAUGGAAACAUUCACUUCUGGAGCUCUGACGACCCUGAGGAGGAUAAGAAAGGUUCACUCCUGGUGCUGCCCCUGUAUGAUGCUCAUUGGAGAGUUUUUGGCAUUCUAGGACUUGACACUCUUCGGGACCAGAGUCAUAAAUCCAUCUUUCUGACCCACGAGAUCACUUUCUAUGAGGGAGUUUGCCAUGCAUUCAGCAAAGCCUACCACCACGUCUGCAUGCGGGAAAAUGUCCUGCAAGUGGCUGUCACUGCUCUGGACUGGUUGUAUCCCAGGACACCCAGUAUCCACGCUGUCACAAUCUAUCUGGUGGAGCCUGGCACAGAUAAGAAUUAUGCUCUGUGCAAGAUGAUCACUACAGAUAACACAGGACAAAAGGAAAUCCACAGGUCUCCCAUUGUUCUCCUCAGAGAGGAAAACCUCCUCAGAGAUUACCUGUUCAAGUGCACAGACAGUUCAGAGGUCACUCUCACUUCUAUCUAUGGAGAACACCACAUUGCAGUGCCUCUCCAUGACCUAUCAAGACAAACUCUCGGUAUAUUUGAUAUCAGCAUCGGCCAGCACAAGAAAUUACCACCUCAGGAACAGAAAGACCUGCAGAAGAUGCUAAAGAUGGCUCAAGCUGCCUGCUCAGAGAUCCUGUGGAGGUUUCUAGAGGAAAGAGAACCAACACAAGUGCUGGAGGCAGAACAUGUAGCACAUUUGAGGCAUGCAGGGAUUCUGUUCCACCGGUUCAUGCUGCAGGAGCUGCGUGAGUGUGUCCUGAAACUCAGUGCUGAGAGCUUUGCUAUAAUAAACAGCUGGGUAGAACCCCCAGCUCUGGUACACGAGGUAGUUAAGGCUGUGCUGCUGCUUUUGCAUCCAGACUGGAAGGACUCAGAGGAGAUUGAGAGCUGGAGUCAGUGUAAACUGAAACUCGAUGACAAUUUGAUUCAGGAGAUUUAUUGCUUUGAUCCAACUGCUUCAUCUGUGCAAGUUCAAGCAGAGCUGCUGCUGGACCUCAUCACUGGUGUCCCUCAACCAGCAGCGUGGCAGCAGGACUCUGCUCCAGCCCAAUACCUGUACCAGUGGCUUCAAACCUGCCUGGCACUCAUGGAGAUCACAAAGAGCCAACACACUGAACAAAACCAUCCUUAGCCUCUUUUGGCGUCCAGUUCUACUGUGCCUCCAAUUAAAUCUCUUAAUUUCCCAUCUAA